AUUUUAUGAUAUGACCUGAAACUAUAUUGCAUUAGAAAUUUGACAUGAGAAAGACCUUAUUUUCAAUUAUUAGGGCGAAUUUCUUCCCAAGGUUUGGGCCAUCCAUCGGCGAAUGGCGUCACUAGCGCUCCUUUCCAGAAAUUUCUCGUUGUUCUUCCAUUGCACAAGAGUGGUUUCAUGUCAACAACCUUGGUCUUUUCUAUCUGGAUCACUUUUUUCUACUCACAUCGUAGGUGACGAUCCGGUUCUUGUUCGGGAUUUCAUACAUUCCACGUUAUAUGAUCAAAAUCAUGGAUACUUCGCUCAACGGUCACGUUCAGUUGGAGUUCUUGAACACAGCAUAAAGUUCAAUCAGCUUGAAGGCAGGAAAGCUUAUAUGAGAUACUUGGAUAAAAUUUACAAGCAGAGUGACGUUUCGUGGUUUACUCCGGUGGAGAUUUUUAAGCCUUGGUAUGCCCAUGGGAUUGCUGAAGCAAUCAUGCGAACUGCUAACCUUUCCGUUCCACUAAAAAUAUAUGAAAUUGGUGGAGGAUCAGGAACGUGUGCAAAGGGGAUAAUGGAUUACAUAAUGUUGAAUGCACCUACAAGAGUUUACAAGAAUAUGACUUAUACCUCAGUGGAAAUAAGUCCGUCAUUAGCAGAGAUACAAAGACAAACUGUUGGAGAGGUUCGUAGUCACCAAUCAAAAUUCAAAGUAGAGUGUCGUGAUGCUGUUGACUUGAGAGGAUGGGGAGAUGUGGAGGAGCAGCCAUGUUGGGUAAUUAUGCUUGAGGUACUAGACAAUCUUCCUCAUGAUCUUAUUUACUCAGAAAAUCAGGUUUCCUCGUGGAUGGAAGUGUGGGUAGAAAAGCAACUUGAUAGGGAAUCACUUGUGGAAUUGUAUAAGCCAAUUCAAGACCCUCUUAUUAAGCGUUGUGUAGAGAUUGUGAAUUUCAAAGAAAACGAUCAUACCAAAAACAGUGUAUUAUCAAAGGCAAAAGGCAUUUGGUCUAAAGCUUUUCCAAAACCCAGAAGAUCUUGGCUACCAACUGGUUGCCUGAGUCUACUCGAAGUGUUGCAUCAUGUGCUACCAAAGAUGUCUUUAAUUGCCUCGGACUUUAGUUACUUACCCGAUGUGAGGAUAGCUGGUGAAAGAGCACCGUUAGUUUCAACCAAGGCGGAUGGAAGCAGCUUAGAUUAUGAAAGCUAUUUAGAUGCAAAGGGUGAUGCUGACAUCUUUUUCCCCACAGACUUUCUAUUAUUGGAACAGAUUGACCAUUAUUGUUCUGGAUGGCUGAAAUUGCAUGAAGAUAAAAAGCCAAAGUCAGGGAAAAAGAGGCGAACAAUAAUUCUUGACACUUCGUCAUUCAUGGAAGAGUUUGGAUUGCCAUCGAAGACAAGAUUGAAGGAUGGUUACAAUCCCCUUCUUGAUGACUUCAAGAACACCAAAUUUUAUCUCAGCGUCCCAACACACAACAUCAAGUAGUCGAGUUAGGGAGGAGGAGGGAGGAGGAAAUUUUGCGUUCUUUCCUUUCAUAGUGGUAUGCCUUAGAAAUGAACGAGGAGAAAUUUUUUGUUUCAAUUUUGUCCAUUCAUUAGUUUCCAUUACUAUUUUGGUGGCAAUUUUGUCAUUUAAAUAUAAAAAUUAAUGUUAAUUACUAAAUUAAAUUAAUUCUCUUUUAGUUUUAUUAAUAAAAUGGUUGAGUGAUAUGAUGUUA